GAACUAACAGAGAGUUGGGUUUGGAGAGAGAUACUUUACCUUUCUGUGGGUUCACUUUCAUUCAAUUCCCUUUCAUGAAAAGGAGUUGGGUAGUAGAAAGAAGAAACAAGCCAGAGAGGUUGUGAGUGAGUGAGUGUGUAUGUGUGCACAAUACAUAUCCAGCCCAGCCGACCAUGGCAUUCCCGUGAGAGAGACAAAAGGAGAGCCAUAGAAAAAAGGCCAAAGAAUCCCUCUUAUCCUGCGCACCUUCCCACCUUUUGUCCUACACCCACAACCCAUCUCACUCUCUCUCUACUCUCCCCAAUUUGUGAAGAAGGGGGCUAGAGACCCAGGCCUUCUUUUCUUGUAUAAUUUCAGAGCAUCAGAUGUUUCCCAAUUUCCUGGUCUCUUCUUUGCCAUUUCUUGAAUCUGAUCUGAAUAUAUUUGGGGUUUUUUUAAUGAGAAAAGAAUACCCAUUUGCAGUGGUUGGCUGUGAUUCUCAAAUUCUUUCUUCUCAGAUCUGGAUUCGUUGCAGAGAAAAGGAUCUUGUUCUUGAUGAGCAAUUAGUUUCAUUUCAUUAAAUGUGAAAGUUCAUGAAAACCUGUUCAAUGUGUUUGUUUAUAUGAAAGAAGAAGGAAUCAAUGUGGUCUAAUCUUGAGAGUGUGGAUGGAUGUACAUGAAUCAGAGGAGGCAUUACGGAAACACUCAGCAGUGGAGAUCCCAAGACCACCAUUGCUUCCGGCUGACAAGAACAAUGGAACCACCCACCGGUCUCGAACAAGGGAAGUCAGUUCUAGGUAUAGGUCGCCCACUCCGUCCACGCCUUCCGGUUCCAGGCGAUGCCCUUCUCCAACUAUCACCAGAACAGUCACAACAUCCUCCCAAUUGGUACCAAAGAGGGCUAUCUCAGCAGAAAGGAAGCGGCCCUCUACACCACCAUCACCACCAAGGCCAUCAACACCAGUUCGUGAUACAUCAACAGAGAUGCAAUUGGCAUCAAGAAAUAUAAUGGGUAGUCGGUUGCCUGAGGUUUUAUGGCCUUCCACAAUGCGCAGUCUCAGUGUUUCCUUCCAAUCUGAUACUUUUUCUCUCCCUAUGACUAAGAAAGAAAAGCCAGUUACUCAUGCCCUUUCUGAUCGUGCUUUGAAGCCAUCUUCAAAUGUAGCACAAAAACAGGCUGAAACACCGGUUGUUUCAAGAAAGCCUACGCCAGAGAGAAAGAGGAGUCCUCUUAAAGGAAAGAAUGCCACUGAUCAAUCUGAGAAUUCUAAACCAGUUGAUGGUUUACAUGCUCGACUAGUAGAUCAGCAUAGAUGGCCAAGCAGAACUGGUGGGAAGGUGACUUCCAAUGCUUUAACUAGAAGCAUGGAUCUCACUGAUAAGGCAGCUAAAAUUCCAACAGUACCGAAAGUGGGAAUUGGGGUAUCUUCCCUGAGGAGAAUGUCUUUACCAAAUAUGAGUAAACCGUUACUAAAAUCAGCCAGUGACGCAGUGAAGCUAGUAUCAUAUCAUGAUUGUGGGAAUAUGGACCUUGAGGUACAUUCAGUGGAUGAUAUUAAACUGAAGGAAUCUGGAUUACAUAAGCCUGUUAUGUCACUUUCAUUGGAAAGAAUGACAUUAUUGACUCCUGCUGUUAGAUCUCAGUUAUUGACUCCUGCUGUUAGAUCUCAGUCUUUGCCAUUCCUUGGAUCACGGCCUGCAUCGCCAAGUAAGGCAUCGGUAGUUUCAUCCUCUAUUUCUAGAGGUGUCAGUCCAUUGCGAACGAAAGCCUUGAAUCCUACUCCUAGAGGUGUCAGUCCAUCUCGGGUAAGGCCAUCUACUCCAUCAAGGCCAGCCAGUCCAUCAAGACCAGCCAGUCCAUCAAGGCAAUCCGGCAGUGCUACUUCUGUGCUCAGUUUUAUUGCAGAUAUUAAGAAAGGGAAGAAGGGUGCAAACCACAUAGAAGAAGCUCAUCAGCUGCGGCUACUAUACAAUAGACAUUUGCAAUGGCGAUAUGCUAAUGCGCGAGCAGAUGCUGCUCUCUAUACACAGAAAGUAAAAGCGGAGAAAACAUUAUUCAAUGUGUGGAGAACUACGUCAGAGUUGUGGGAUUCAGUAACUGAGAAUAGGAUUAACCUCCUACAGCUGAGGCUGAAACUGAAGCUGUACUCAGUUUUGAAUGAACAGAUAGCUUACCUUCAGGACUGGGACUCAAUUGAAAGAGAUCAUACUAGUUCUUUAUCUCAGGCAAUUAAAGAUCUACAGUCAAGCACUCUUCGUCUUCCUGUUACAGGAGGGGCAAGGGGAAGUAUUGAAACUGUGAAGGCAGCUGUUUGCUCAGCCGUUGAUGUGAUGCAGACAAUGGGAUCCUCCGUUUAUUCUAUACUCGCACAGGUGGAGGGAAUGAACUGUCUGGUAUCUGAACUGGCUGAUGUGUCAGCACAGGAAAGAGCCAUGCUUGAUGAAUGUGAAGCUUUAUUGGCUUCAACAGCAGCUUUGCAGCAGGUAGAGGAAUAUAGCCUUAGGACCCAUCUCAUACAAAUGAAACAUACUUUGAAGAAUGGUCAGCAGCCAAUGAUCGGGAAUCGGAGCACCUACAUGACUGCACAGAUGCUAAGCUAACAACAUUUUGCUGUGCCUCUUCACCAAAGACAAAUAACAACACUGUCUGCUUAGGUCUUAGUGAGUGUAUAUUGAACCUUUUUUUUUUCUUUAUUUACUCUGUGGGGAAUAUGCAUUUUUUCUUCAAUUAUUUUGUUAAAUUUUUUGAAAUUUUAUUUUAUUUUAUUAUUAGCGUAGAGCUGUUGGCUCCGUGCCUUCCACAUGUAAUUUUUGUAUCACUCAACUGAAAAGAAAAUGCAUGGCAAAGGUUCAGUGAAGUUUUGUACGUC